AUGUUCUCCAAGAUUGGUUCCAGCCUUCGGGCCCUGGCUCUCAUGGGCACCGUUACCACUCUCUUCCCUGAAACAAUGGCUAACGAAUGGACCCUUCAAGCCAUCGACCCGACCGUCCUCUCCGCCAACAGGGUCACCAUCCAUGACUCGCUCCCGCACCUGGAUGCCUACAUCUCCCAAACAGAAUGGGAUCCUCCUACUGUGAGAGUCGAGAUAACAAACGAAAACGACCACACCAUCACCUUUUCCAAAUGGAACUCGCCUCUAGAUCCCCAGGCAAUUAAAAAGGGGAUUCUAAACGCCAAGCGCCAGGCCGACUGGCCCAACAUCGAUCUUCCUAUUUAUGGACUACGACCAAACUUCACCAGCCCAUGCGAGGUACGCAAAAAAGAAAAAGCUGAGGACCUGGUGGAACUCCCACCUUGGUUCGCAAUUCAGGAAGAGCACGUGUUUGACAAAGACUCGGGCUGGGAUCUCUCGAAGCGCCACAGGGCAGCCAGACUUCGCAGAUCAGUUGUGCGAAUGGUUGGGUUGUGGCAUGACGCGUACUUGGACGUCGAUGAUGUGAAAAGUGCUGAGCUUAUCGGAUUCUGGGUGAAAGUCAGAAACGGAACGAUCAUCUGCAUGAUCGCAACCGAGUCCACAGACGUUUUGUACGUCAGGCACUCUACGGUCAACGGCUUUUACCUACUCUUUCGCCAAGCUGAAGCCUCUCCCAUCAAGUCAUUAGCGAGGUGA